AUGGCAAAAGCAAAGGGAGUUGAAAAGAAGGCAAUCAGCUUCGUUCGGACGGCGUCCAAGCUCAAGAUCGGGGCACACGUCCCAAGUGAAGGAGCCGGCGCGAUUGGCUCAAGAGUCGUUUCUGCGAACAGCAUUGGUGCCAAUUCAUUUGCUCUAUUCCUGAAGAACCCUAAAAGAUGGGUGUCGGCACCAUACGAGGCCAAAGACGUGGCUGAGUUCAAACGGAUAUGCUUGGAAAUGAAGUACGACCCACUAACGGACGUGUUACCGCACGGAUCCUACUUUAUCAACCUUGCAAAUCCGGAUCCUGUAAAAGUAGAGAACUCCUACAAUUGUUUGCUGGACGAUUUGCACCGAUGCGAAGACCUUGGAAUCGGAUUGUACAACUUCCACCCCGGAUCUGAUCUCGGGUCGGACCACACAGAGGCACUCAAAAGGCUUGCAACCAACCUCAAUCGCGCCAUAUCCGAAACAAAGUUUGUUAAGGUGGUAAUCGAAAACAUGGCUGGUCAUGGCAACUUUGUAGGGGGGACGCUCGAGGAUUUGCACGAGGUUAUCGAACAGAUCGAUGACAAAACUCGCGUAGGAAUAUGUGUGGAUACUUGUCAUGCAUUUGCUGCUGGCUACGAUCUCAGCGAUAUAAAAGGAUUUACCGAGUUCUGGGCGAAGUUUGACGAGAUCGUUGGGUUCAAGUACCUCUCUGCUCUUCACCUGAACGAUUCCAAAGCACCGCUUGGGGCUAAUCGUGACUUGCACGAGCGACUUGGUUGGGGAUUUCUUGGGCUUGAGUGUUUCCGAUUGCUCGUGAACGAUGCACGAUUUGAAGGGAUCCCACUGAUCUUGGAAGUGCCUUUCGGCAAGGAUGUUUCCAUUUUCGGUGACGAGAUCAAACUGUUGGAAUGGCUUGUAGGUAGAAGUGGUGAUGAUUCCGAGUUUGUGGCUAAAGUUGUUGAAUUGCAAAAGUUGGGUGCACCCAAUCGCAAAGAGCAGGAGGCCAAGUUUGUGAAGAAGGUGGAGAAACGAAAGGCUGGCAAAGACAUUGCUUCUAUGCUGAAAAAGAGCAAAAAGUAA